AUGCAAAACACCCUUGGGUUUCUGCUGGAUGAAGAAGUCAAAAUUGUUGCGGAGAUAGAUGUUCUCCAAGUUAUCAAUGGAUUCCAAGUUCUUCCAUCACAGGUCAAAUCUGUCAACCAUUUGUUUAGAAGACAGCCAUACAUUGCAUCAAAGUUCCGUAUAAAUAACCCACUUCUGAAGACAGCAUAUAUGAAUGUCCUACUCAGUUUAGCUGAGACUUUGCGCCUGCCGCCUCAGAAAAUAUCUGAUAGUGAUCUGUCUGAUACAGAAACUACUCUUGCACACAUGAAAAUUAUAGGGUUUAAGUUGGAUUGCUUGGAGGAAAAACUUGGCGAAAUAAAAGAAAAGAAGGCUAAAGAGAAAGCUGGCAAGAUUAAGAUACGAAAAACUGAGGAAAAGUUGAAGGAUUUGAAGCAUAAGUGCUCAGACCUUGAAGCUCAGCUAGAGACUGAGAAGGCAGAGGUUUUGGCUGCCAGUGCUCCUCUCUUUUUGUCUGAUGAUGAUAUUUUCUGA